AUGGAUCAGCUUGAAAUUUCUGUGGAAGAAAAUGAAUUAGGAAGUUGGAGAGAGAGAUGCAACAGAAGAAUCGAAAGCCCGAAAGCAAGAGAGUUUUCGAAUAGUCAUCAUCAAGAUCAACUCUCUGAAUCAAUACUACUGCAACAACAGACAUCUUCUGAUGAAAAUAUCGGUGUGAUAUUUUUUGAAUUUCAAGAGGCUGUUCAAAAUAGCAACGAUGAUCAGUUCGUUAAUGUGUUGGACCAGAUGUUAUCAUCAACGACUACGCUACUCACUGCUUCACGAUGCUGCUUAUUUUGGAAGAGAAAAAUUGCAGAAAUCAUCAGUCAUUACUUUCCCGGGCUACUCACCAAGAAAAACAUCUAUGGAGAUACCCCACUUCAUGUUGCUGCAAGAUCAAACAGUUCACUUCUAAUUGAAAUCAUCCUCUCUGAAUAUAACAGAACAGCAUCAGAGAAUGAUAAUGAUGAUGAUGAUGAAAAGAGUAUAACGAGAAUAACCAAUGAGUAUGGGAAUACAGCUUUGCAUGAAGCAGUAUGUCGCAACAAUCUUCAAGGGGCUGCUAUCCUUUUUUAUGCAGAUAAGCAUGUGGUUCAUUAUUUGAAUAACUCAGGUGUUUCUCCCUUGUAUUUGGCUGUUCAGAGUUCAAAUGAGGAAUUAGUUAAUCUUUGGUUGGAAGAAGAUCUAUCUCCGGACAAUAUUUCUCUCACAAGGAGCCAUGGAAUCUCUCCACUUCAUGCUGCCAUAUCCACAAAAAAUACAGAUUUAUUGAAACUGAUGGUGGAGAAAGAAUCAUAUCUAAAUCUAAUGAACCUAAGAGAUGAACAUGGAGGAACUCCAAUGCAUUUUGCAGCUUUAACGGGUUAUGUGGAAGGCGUUCGCAUACUCUUGGAGAAAUCUACUCUAACAGCACAAGAAUAUGAUAUGAAGGGUCAACUUCCGAUUCAUCUUGCUUCUAAACAAGGUCAUGUUGAGGUGGUCAAGGAAUUCUGUGAAAGAAAAAAAAAGAUUUCUCUUAGAGGUUUGAUUAACAAGAAGGGUCAAAACAUUCUUCAUGUCGCAGCAAAGCAUGGACAAGAAGACGUGGUAAAAUAUCUUCUAAGAAACGCAUCAAGGCUUGUUGAGCGACUUGAUGUAAACAAGAAAGACAAAAAUGGGAACACUCCAUUGCAUUUGGGUGUAGAAAACUUGCAUUAUUCGACCGUACUGAGUCUCACACUAGAUAAAAGGACUGAGGUGAAUCUUACGAAUAAUGAAGGUUUAACAGCUAGAGAUAUUGUUUUGUUGAAAAGAGGAGUCCAAAGAGGAGUUGUGCAGGAGAUGACAAACUUGGUCUUGAAAUUUUCUGGUGCGAAACCAAGUGAUAAAGCAAAAGGUUUGCUUAAACGUCGAGGAACGUUCAAAGCAGAUGUGAUGAAGAAUAAAAUGGACACACUAAUGAUAGUGGCCAUAUUGAUAGUAAUAGUGACAUUCAUGGCUGGUUUUACAGUACCUGGUGGUGUGUAUAGCUCAGACGACCCAAAUCCACAUAAUAGAGGGACAGCAAUUUUGGCUCAUAAACCAAUGUUCAAGAUAUUUGCUCUUUUCAACAUGGUAGCUCUGUACAGCUCCAUAUUUGGAUCUUUUUUUCUCUUGUGGGCACAGAUUGCUAAAUUUUCUCCUUCAAGGGCCUUCACUUCUGCACUUUUCAUGGUGGGUUUAGCUUUAUUAUCAAUGACACUGUCAUUCAUGGCUGCUUUAAGUCUAGUUGCGACCCAUGCCCCAUGGAUCUCAUCUCUCACAAUAUUCAUUGGAAUCAGUUCCUUCUGUGCCAUAUUAAUAUGGUCAAAUGCGAGUUGGAGUAUUAUACUUGUAUCCAUCAUAUCUAGUUAUCGUGAUGAGAUUUUUAAGAUUUUCUUGUCUGUUAUAGCUUCUCUUUCAGCUGUUACCUUGCUGGCUAUCGUAGUUUCAGGUCCCAUUAUGUUGUUGUUGUAUCUUGGUCACGUGGUAAACUAAGUGUUGAAGAUCCCUAUCUAAUGCUUAGUUGUAGUUUUUGUCAACUUUUGGAGUGCCGUGUGCGUACUUGUGGGUAAUUAUGUAAUUUUUGGCGACAAAGGGAAGUGACUUGGGCUUUUGUUUGACUCUUGUAAUCUUCGUAUAUACAUACAUGUGUGUAAAUGUUGUGAAAUAUAAUGUAACAAUUCAUUUGAUAAGGCACAAUUAAUCUA